AUGGCAGCCGCACAGCCAGCUCCUCCCGCAGCUUUCAACAUUCUGCCGAUAGAGAUAAACAAACUCGUACUCUGUUUCCUCGAUUCGGACCAGGACAUUGUCAACUUCAGUAGCGUCUGCCGUAGUACCUACUAUGCCGUGAAUGGCGACAACAAUUCUUUCUGGAGGACUCGAUUCCGGGAAAGGUAUGCAUACGACGCGAGCUUCUCGAAUGGGCAGAUGAAGAUAAAGUACAAAACGAGGACAAGACUAUUGAAGAAAGGAAUCACAAUGAAGUUUAACAGAGAAUGGACAAAGUCCGAGAAGAAGCUCAUCUGGCAUUUGAAAGACAUGAUCAAUGAGUCAUUCCAAGGUGGUACUCGGAUGGAUGAAGAAGACGGCGCCAUGCGAUGCCCCAACCAGAUUGAAAUCAUCAAGUUCGUCCUCAGUUCUAAUCACUUUCUCAGCAUCAAAGGCUUUGCCAAUCGAAUACCUGAGGGCUUCGAGUCAGACAUGGAUCGGAUGCUUGAAGCCGUUCGUAUCAUGUGUGCGCAACUGCUGAUCGAGGACAUUGGUGAUUCAUACGACAUUCUCCCCUUCGAAGACUCUCAGUGCGCAGUCUACGCCCAUGUGAAGGAAGUGCCUAUGUUUUAUGGCCAGUAUAAGCAUACGAUUAACAUGAACUGGAUCUUGGAUUGCAUGAAUUUCUUCCAUCAUCACAUAGUCAAGCCGGAGUUAGGAACUCUCUACGAUGCCAUGGAAUAUUUUCCUUGGGGUGAUAGGCCUUCUGCCUGGCAGUCUAGACUUGAGGAAGGUUGCCGACCCCUCAGUAGACACUGGAAAGGCACGUAUUCCUACUUGGAUGAACGCGAGCGCAAUCACAUUCGCGACCCUAAUAAAAGGCGGGGCACCAUAUUCGAGGAUAAGCACAUUGAGCUGGGUCCGUCCUGUAUACAGGAUCUCGAGUUCGAAGUAAACGAUUCUUUGAAGUUCGAGUGGCCGCAUUACUACGAGGAAAGACUUCGAUCGCUUACUUCGACGUCGAUGCCUCCAGUCACUCUAGCCCAGCAUAAAACGUACAGGAACAUCGAUAAUUUGCCCACUGCCCUGCGCAUAUCCGGGGAAGGGUCUGACCAGGGUGAUGACUUCUUUGCGUCUGGCUGGGUCAACGCCCUACCACGUCAGGGAGGCAUUCCCGGAUGGCAGCGAAUCACCUUGAUGAAGCACUUCCUUCCUCUUGAUCAGGGUGAGAUGGAUGAUCUUUGGGCAUAUGAGGGCGUCGUUCUUCCUGGUGGUCGAUUGAUUAUUGGCCGAUGGUGGUUCGCAUCAGGAGAUCUUGACGACCCACACUACGCACACAACAGCGGCCCGUUCCUGCUUUGGGCAGUCGACGAAGUGCCUAGCGAUAGCGAAGGAUCAGAGGAUUUGCCCACAGAUGAUGAUGGCGAGGAUGAUGCGUGA